GUCACUGUUCGCAGCACCCAUUCAUCUCUACACUUGGGCGUUGGACUCGGCAUCUAAUGAGCAACAAGGGAGAUUUCUCCAUUUUGCAGGCUCCCCACAGCCACACCGACACCGUUUUGGGAUUUUAGGGACCUAAGUCUUCAUCUGUCUUCUUAGAAAAAGAAGAAUAACCAGCAGCAGCAACACCCUACUCUUUUGGAAAGCGGACUUUGUUUCACAUUUCUUCCCGUGAACCUCUUUUCUUUGCACAGUCAGCGGGAGGAAGCAGGGGAGAGCUGCGCCUUUUAACAAAGAAGCAUUUGGGACUUCCUUUGUUUGCCUUUUAGGGGGAUCGGAGCUUCUUUGUUGGAGCCGAAAAAGCAAAAAAGAAAAAAGAAAAAAAAAAGGCAAUGGGGGCGCAUUUGUCUAAGACAAUUGGGAAUGCUGAAACCGCCGUGGAAAAGCCCGGGGAGCCUGUUGCUUCACCCGCCAAGACCAACGGACAGGAGAAUGGCCACGUAAAAGCGAACGGAGAUGCCCCUCAAGCAGCAUCCGAGAAUGGCAAAGAGGAGACGCACGCUAACGGCAGUGCCAGUGCGGAGGAGAGCGUCAAGCAGGAGGAAGUUGAGAAGGUUCAGACUGCUGCUGACGACACGGAGAAAGUAAACGGAGACGCAGCAUCUUCUGUCCCUGCUGAGGAAGAUGCGACGAAAGCGGAGGACUGUGCAACGCCUUCCGCCAGCAAUGACACCCCCAAGAAAAAGAAGAAACGAUUCUCCUUCAAGAAGUCCUUCAAGCUCAGUGGUUUCUCUUUCAAGAAGAACAAAAAGGAGACGGGAGAAGCGUCCGAAAACAAUGAGGAGGCCAAGGAGCAAAGCACAGAGGGCGAAACGGCCGCUCAGAGUGAUGAGGCCCAGCAUGCUGAGGAGGGCGCUGCACCUGUUGCGGAGCAGAAUAAAGAGGAAGAGGUAGAGGCCAAACCAGAGGCGACUGUUGAGAAACCUGUCCAGGAGGCUGCACCAGUGGAAAAGCCAAAGGAGGAGGAGAAGCCAGCUGAGCCCAUAUCGGAGGAGGCGCCGAAAACGGAGGAGGCGCCGAAAGCGGAGGAAGCGCCGAAAGCGGAGGAGGCGCCGAAAGCUGAGGAGGCGCCGAAAUCAGAGGAGGCGCCGAAAUCAGAGGAGGCACCAAAAGCGGAGGAGGCACCAAAACUAGAGGAAACAGCGCCUGCCUCACAGGAAGCAGCCGUUGAGGCAGCUGAAUAAAUUUGGGGUGACGGUGAAAAUUCAAUGUUGCCGAGGGCCAAAAAAAAAAAAAGAGAGGAAAAAGAUAAUCAAAUUCCAUUUCCAUUUUUGUUUGUGGAAAAAUGCCAGAUCAUGGCUCUGAAGACCCUGCUAACAACCAGGGAUAUUUUUUAAAGCUUUUAAUAAUGUUUUUCUCCCCAAGUUGCCCUGUUUUUUUUAUUAUUUUUUUUUUUACAAAACUCCCCUCAGUCUAUUUGGUACGAGGUGGGUGGCUUCAAAUAUGAACAACCGAUGCAAAAAUACAUACCGUACACCCUGCCAUGUUUCUUUCAGUAUUCAUUUUGUGUGAGGAUUUUUAUACUGAAUUUUGACAAACGGUUGUGGACACGCCCGUAGUAUGAGGGGAUAGGGAUCAAGUUGUAAAUUAAAAGGGUGAUAAGAUGGGGGAGGGGAGGGUAGGGUGGCUUUGAUUAAUGUUAGAUAGUAGGAGGAAAAAAAAAAAGGGCAAAGAUCAAUGCCCUACAAACCACACCAUCCCUAAGGUGCGGUGUUUUGAAACCAGUUCCAUGAUUCUAUAGUAUUUUUUUAGAAUGAGAUAUAAAAAUUGUAGGGGCAUUUAAAAAAAAAACAAAAACAAAAAAAAAAGUUGCAUUAGCUUUUUGCCAAUCAGCGAUUUAAGUAGAAAUGCAAGUUGUAUAGCCUUACGGUGUAACAUCGGUUUUAUGACCUUAUUAAAAUGUAAGUAAUGUAUAGGCGACUAUUGUACAAAAUGAACGUUGGAGCUGAAAAAGCACAUUACAUUUUUAGCUCUUCUGAUUGUUUGUUUGCUUUUUUUUUUUUCUCUCACUCGCUUAUUUUUGUAAGAUGAGAACCAACAUACGUAAAAAGAAAAAAAAAAAAAAUGCCACUCUCGAAGAUCACGGUGAGCCAUUGUAAAACUCAACGAUCAAGCUGUGAUAAAUUGUUAUUUCCAUACUGCGUUGGGUUUGUUUUCUAACAGCAAUGUAAUGUUUUCGUCCAGCAGUCUACGAUGACACUUAGAAAACGUCUCAAAUACAAAUGUUAUUGUAAGCCUCUUGUCGUUUUUUUUUUAUUUUCCUUUCGAAAUACUGGAGACACUCUGGCCAAUUUGACCGAGAGAUGGAGUAUAACUUUGCUUAUGACUCUGUUAAAGAAAUGCUUCUAAGCUUCGCUUCGUGUGUUCUAAUUUAGUGCGAGCACACCCAAAAAACAAAACAAAAAAAACAAAUAAAAACAAAUAAACGUUAA